GCCGCGUCCGGUGCGCGGCGGUUGUGGAAGGAUCCCGGCGGCGGGGCCGGGCGGCGGGGCCCGGGCGGGCGCGAUGUCGGGGCUGCUGCACACCACGCUCAGCGGGCUCAACAGCGACUCGUACUGCGAGAUCAGCCAGUACCGCGAUCAGCACUUCCGGGGUAGCAGGCAGCUGCAGGAGAAAUCGCUGAAGAUUUCCUCCACGCUCUAUGUCGGCAACCUGUCCUUCUACACCACCGAGGAGCAGAUCCAGGAGCUCUUCUCCAAGUGCGGGGAUGUCAAGAGGAUUGUCAUGGGUCUGGACAAGAUCAAGAAAACCCCCUGUGGCUUCUGCUUUGUAGAGUACUACACGAGGGCAGAUGCUGAGCACGCCAUGAGGUUUAUCAACGGCACCCGGCUGGACGACCGCAUCAUCCGCACGGACUGGGACGCAGGGUUCAAGGAGGGGAGACAGUAUGGGAGAGGAAAGACUGGAGGACAGGUGCGAGAUGAAUACCGGACAGACUACGAUGUGGGAAGAGGUGGCUUUGGCAAGAUCAUCCAGAUGCAGAAGGCAAAUCACCAGCCUGCAAUCUAUUAAUUGCCUCGUGGCUCCUAGCUCAUAGAGGGCUCUGUCCUUCCAGAGCUAGCCCUGUUCUCACAUUUGGGAUCAGGGUAUGGAGUGAGAUCCAAGUUCCAGCAAAAGGUGACUCUCCUUAGACUGUGGAUAUACAUGUGUUCAUUCUCCCUUCUUCCUGAGCUAGAGAGGAUGUUCUGUGCUGAUACAGGGCAACAAGGGGAAAAAAUGGACAGCUCUGUAGGAUUUUGGGCAAGAAGAAAUGCAGCAUGUCACACACACCUUAUGCUAUGACAUUCUCUUCAUGUUGCACUUAAGCAGGUGGCUUCCUCCAAGCUGCAACUGCAGCUGUGGUUGCUUUCAAAUGGAACUUUUUUUAAAAGCUUACCACCAUUGGAGCCCUCCAGGUGCCUGGGCACCUAGUGAGGAUGCACAAGAGAUUCAGGUUUCUAAUUUACAACCUCACCUGCUCAAUAAACAGUAUCACUGUUUGAAUGAGGGAAGUGGACAAGGUCUUACCAUCCACUUGGAGGUGCUUGUCUGCACAUCUAGCCCUUGGGUUGGUCAGGGCCUGCAGAGCAUUUCUCUUUGUGAUGCCCCCAGUGCUGCCUGGCUUUUCAGAUCCUCACUGUUCGGUGUGAUUUUGUUAAAAGUUUCUGUUAAUUUUUUUAAAUAAACAGUUGUAUUUGGUCUGAC